CUCUCCAAGGAGGCUGCGAUGUAGGCAGGAUGAAACUGAUGGGGUGUUUUUCGGAGGAAAGCGGGUGUCGUUACCUGGUGGCUUUCCUGGAUGUCGAACCGUCUAUUUGACAGAAAAGGAGAAGUGUAUUACCACACAGUCGAUGCCAGAGGAUUAUGGAUCAUUACAAUAACGAGCGGCGGCGUGUGGGGUUGGAUAACUGCCUCUAUACUCUCCCCUCUUCUUCUUCUUCAUGCUCUCCUUUUGAUCUACUAUAACCAUUUUUUUUUUUUUUACGCGUGCGUUUGUAGCAUUUUCUCACCAAAUGUUGAAUUCCAGGCUUUGUGGACUUGAAGGAUAUUCAUGGCGCGUCAUUGUUUGGUUGUUCUCAUUUUGGGGGAUGAUCAUGUAAAGGUGUAAAAACCUGUGGACGAGCGCCCUUUUCGCAGACAGUAUGAUAGAAUAUUUUGACACAAGCGUUAUUUUUUGCGUUACGCUCUAUUGCGCAUGCCUAAUCGUACACGGAGAACAUUGCCCGACGCCACUUCGCUCCGUCCUGGCCGUGAUGUAGGCGCAAAAGUGAACGGACGACUAAAAAAAUGCGCUGGCAAAGUGGAAGCGUGGCAAGCAAAGGAUUUGACUUGAGAUCCUUUAUGAAGUAGCCUUAGACUGUGGCAGAAACUGAAGAAUGUCAGGGACACCACAUGCCGAGGCUGAAGGAGUAGUCUCCAAAGUACAAGUGAAAAAGGAGAUCAAGACAAUCGUGGAGAAUUUGGAAACCAUCCUGGGAGACCUAAAGGAUGUAGCCAAAGAGCUCAAAGAGGUCGUUCAUGACAUUGACACCCUGACUUGUGACCUGCAGCUGGAGGAAGACGGGCUAACAGACAGCUCCAAGACAGACACCCUCAACUCCAGCUCGAGCUCAACCACCACAACCACCACUGCUUCCAGCCUUGAGAAGAUGAAGCUCUUCGCCGAGGACUGCAUUUUCAAACCACCCGCAUCCAUCACCCCGGUCCCUGUCAACCCUCCUGCAGUCUUGACUGUACUCAAAAAACCCCACCCACCCUUACCCCCACCCAGACAGACCCCUCUAAGAGCAGAGGAUCAUAACAUAAAGAAUCUGCCUCAUCCGACGUUAGUGUUAUCAGGGAAUCUAUCCAAGGCAAACGGGUCUUUAUUGAGGAACGGCGGGGUGUUUCCGGUGAAACCAAACAGGGAUUUAUUCUCCUCUACACCGUGUUUCAUUUCUGGUGAUAGUGGGAUUCCUGAGUCAGGGCUUGUUCCCACAUUGCCCAGGCCCAUGCCUCUCCUCCGCCAUGACAAGAACAAAUGUCCCAAGGCACCCAGCAGGGAGCCUCGAGAGCGGGUCCGUUUCAGUGAGAAGGUCCAGUACCAUGGUUACUGCCCAGACUGCGACCUCCAAUAUGAUGUGGAUGACACAGAACUACAUUUACAGGCUGAGUUAAAUGACUUGAGACUCAGCCCCGUGCAUUGCUGCUCUUCCUCCUCCCCUCCUCCUCAUGCUCUGUCUCAUGAACUAAUGUUGGAAAAUGGCUGUCUCCCAGUUAGCCACAGUUUCCCGCCGACAACAAACACUACUCCACCUUGUGUGCCUCCUCAUCCUCCUUCCCUCAAGCCCCAGAAAACAAUCCUACGCAAAUCAACCACCACCACGGUUUGACGCCAGACCCCUCAAUGUGUCGGACUUAAACAUUCUUGAAUCAUUCAUAGUGUUUUCUACUAAAUGAGUGCGUUCUACUCCAGUUGAACUUUGGAUUAUCCAAACAGAGAGACAGGGUGGGAAAACAGAAAACUAAAGGAUGGAGAACAUCAGUGGAACAGACAGAAAGGCAUCGCCAUGGGCAUUGAGAUGCACACACACACACAGAUAAGGAAGCAGCGGGCCCAUUGAGAUACAACUGAAGUGGAUUUGUGUUUCCAGCACUGAUCCGCCAGUGACCGGGGAGUGAGGAGCCAAGACUGUGACCAACAAAACAUUUUUUAUUACCUAUUUUGAAAUACUAUUGGCUUUCAAUCAUCGGUAGACAUGGUUUCUCCUGACAAAUUCAUUCUUUGAAGUAUGUGUGAGCGUUGAAUAUCCUCCAUGCACAGCUGUGCUCACAGAGGGUGUUACUGUAAAAUCCCUCUAUGUGCAUAAAGAUGAUAGAUGAAUUCAUAAUUGCGGAGGUGACUGUUUUGUUGUAAAAUGCUAAAUAAAAAUUCAGAAUGCAGCAAACGUCUCUAUCAUCAAAAGCAUGGAGGCAAGUGUAGAUGAGCUACAACUCGGAGUGAAAUUAUGUCAGCCCACAUUUGAUUGGUGUCUCUUGCCCCAUGCAUACUCAGAUGAAAAUCAAUAGCUCCACCCAACCGACUGAAUUUGCCUUUAUGAACUGCAAUUGUUUGUGUCUAGAGAGCUUGACAGGUCUGCUAGUGAGCAAAACAGCACCUGCCCGACUGCAGAUAAGGAGAAAAUAAUCCUAUCAAUAUGUGCUACUGUAUAUGCACAUGAGGUGGUGUAUUUUUGAAAAGACUAUUGGUUUAAAGUUAAUGACAAUGUAGUCACUGAUCUGUGUCUAGGCAUUAGGUUCAUUGUACAUCAAAAUCUGUGCUAAAACUGGUGCCAUGCAAGCUGUGUUUUUUUUGUUUUGUUUUGUUUCCACAAUUACAUGCAGAGAUACAGUACAGUGUGGCAUAGUUACAGCUUUAAAAUGAUUCUUGAAAAAGUAAUAAUUUGCAUCAAAUUUUCUUUGUAUACAAGUAUAAGGUACAUGCACAUGUUUAAUAUCUAUAUAUUUCAGGCAUUUUUCUACUGAGACUUUAACAUUUAAAGAAAUGAUAUUUUUGAUAUUGUGUUGGAUGACUGAGGGUAUUUUGAUGAAAGCUGACAUUCCUUUAGAAGGGUGCAGUGGGGGAAUUAUUUCUAUAAGAUGAACAGGAAGAAAGUGUUUGUAUGGGAAGAGAAAUCAAAUGCUACAGUAUUACUAUUUCAAGAAACGUUACUGAGUGUACCGCUGUGUGAGAGACAAAAUGUAACGUGGGUAAGAUAAAUGGCAAAAACCAAAUACCUAGCAGUGCUUUAUCAGACAGUAGGCUGAAUGAAUGCAUGACUGACUGGUCACGUUUUCCUGCCAUCACUGUGUUUUUCUAUGCAUUUAUGUGGAGAGGCUCCCUGUUGUUGCAUCCAACAUCCAGCCUAUGGAGCUGAGAAGUGUUCACUCUCAUUUCUUCAAAUAAUCUUCAUCACUGGGUUAUUUCAGCUUCCACUACAUAUGUGAUGCAUUUCCUCAGUUUUAGCACAUGUGUGCAAACAAGUAAUUUGCAAUGAAAUAAACCUGAAAACUCUAAACAACAUUGCAUAUGCCAUUUUGGAUCAUUAAAAGGGACAAAAAUGGGGCUUGGUGUGAAACAAGCAGCUGUUUUGUAACAGAGAGCAACUAAAAUUCAUCUAAACAUGCAUUCAUUCUCUACAUUCAGACUGGAGGCACCUUUUGUAAACUCCACCUGUUUUUUUUUUUUUUUGUUUUGUUUUUUUUUAAAACUCUGGACACAGAGACUGAAUUUAUGACAAAACUCGAGAUUAUUUCAGUUUCAAGAUUGGAAUGUCUCCAGAAACUGUCAGUGAUAUUUGUUGGAAAAGAACUUGUGAAAAGUAAACACUUUGCACUUCA